UGCUCUGUCCUACAGGUUCACUAUGAGUUGAAAUUGACUUGACGGCAAUGGGUUUGAUUUUUUUGGUUUUGGUAAAGUAGAGACCACGUUUUAAAAACCAGUAUGUUUUUCCAUGCACAUGUUAAUAGUUAUAGAAAAUGCAAAUAAUGGGGAAGCAAAAUUGAAAUUUUCUUAUGUCCUUUCCAUGAGGAGUCUAUGAGUGUUCAAUUUUUAUUAUUCUAAUAAUUCUUUAAAAUUUUUUUCUAGAGCCAUGCAAUGGAGAAAUAAUAAGUCCCGUUCUAUUGUUAAUCUUCUUUCCCUAUGGAUGUCCUUGAGGGUGUUGCUUUUUUGUUUGGGGUUUUUUUGGUAUAUUUUUGAUAUAUCAGUGUACUAUUGUAUAGCUACUAUACAUAGGUUUAAGCUUGUCUUUUUGCUGUCCAAAUGUGUAGCCCAAAUUAAAACAAAUAAUAAUAAAUAAAAUUAAAUAAUAAGUAACUUUCUUCCUGUUAACCACCUCUUCAGAUAUUACCUCUGAUGUAUUUGUGCUAAGUAAACAGGUAAUAAAAUAUAAAUCUUCUUGUAUAUAAACAUUUCUGUGUAUAUUCAUGUAAGUAUAUGUGUGUAUAUUUUAGUUGUUCUCUUUAGGAAAAAUCAUGCAAAUUUUCUUCAUAAGAGUAUUAUGGAUACACUUAUCUUUCAUAAUUUAAACCUCUUUGUUUUCUAGGAACCCUAAUUAAAGCAUUUUAGUCUUCAUCAUUUGGCCAGCUAAAAUCUAAUUUAACAGGACAUGCAGAGAAGGUGGGGAUUGAAAAUUUUGAGCUUCUGAAGGUCCUAGGAACUGGAGCUUAUGGAAAAGUAUUUCUAGUACGUAAAAUAAGUGGUCAUGAUACUGGAAAGCUAUAUGCCAUGAAAGUUUUGAAAAAGGCAACAAUAGUCCAAAAGGCCAAAACGACAGAGCACACAAGGACGGAGCGACAGGUGCUGGAGCACAUUAGACAGUCACCAUUUUUGGUUACAUUGCACUAUGCUUUCCAGACGGAAACCAAGCUUCAUCUCAUUUUAGAUUAUAUAAAUGGUGGAGAACUUUUUACUCAUCUUUCUCAAAGAGAGCGUUUCACAGAGCACGAGGUGCAGAUCUAUGUUGGAGAGAUUGUGCUUGCCCUCGAACAUCUCCACAAGUUGGGGAUUAUAUACCGUGACAUUAAGCUUGAGAAUAUUCUGCUUGAUUCCAAUGGCCAUGUGGUGCUGACAGAUUUUGGUCUGAGUAAGGAGUUUGUGGCUGAUGAAGCUGAAAGAGCAUAUUCCUUUUGUGGAACUAUUGAAUACAUGGCACCAGAUAUUGUCAGAGGGGGAGAUUCAGGACAUGACAAGGCAGUUGACUGGUGGAGUUUAGGUGUUCUAAUGUAUGAAUUACUAACUGGAGCAUCUCCUUUCACUGUUGAUGGAGAGAAAAAUUCCCAAGCCGAGAUAUCUAGGAGAAUAUUAAAAAGUGAGCCUCCAUAUCCCCAGGAAAUGAGUGCUUUAGCAAAAGACCUAAUUCAGCGUCUUUUGAUGAAAGAUCCCAAGAAAAGAUUGGGAUGUGGUCCACGUGAUGCGGAUGAAAUCAAAGAGCAUCUCUUCUUUCAGAAAAUAAAUUGGGAUGAUUUAGCUGCCAAAAAAGUGCCCGCACCAUUUAAGCCAGUCAUUCGAGAUGAAUUAGAUGUGAGUAACUUUGCAGAAGAGUUCACAGAAAUGGAUCCCACCUAUUCUCCCGCAGCCCUGCCCCAGAGCUCUGAGAGGCUGUUUCAGGGCUAUUCUUUUGUCGCCCCUUCUAUUCUCUUCAAGCGUAAUGCAGCCAUCAUAGAUCCGCUUCAGUUUGACAUGGGAGUUGAACGUCCUGGAGUGACAAAUGUUGCCCGGAGUGCCAUGAUGAAGGACUCUCCAUUCUAUCAACACUAUGAUCUGGAUCUGAAGGACAAACCAUUAGGAGAAGGAAGUUUUUCAAUCUGUCGAAAGUGCAUACACAAAAAAAGUAACCAAGCAUUUGCAGUCAAAAUAAUCAGCAAAAGGAUGGAAGCCAAUACUCAGAAAGAAAUCACAGCUCUGAAACUCUGUGAAGGACACCCCAAUAUAGUGAAGUUGCAUGAAGUUUUUCAUGAUCAGCUUCACACGUUUUUAGUAAUGGAACUUCUGAACGGCGGAGAGCUGUUUGAACGCAUUAAGAAAAAGAAACACUUCAGUGAGACCGAAGCCAGCUAUAUCAUGCGGAAGCUUGUCUCAGCUGUAAGCCACAUGCAUGAUGUAGGUGUGGUGCACAGAGAUUUGAAACCUGAGAAUUUAUUGUUCACUGAUGAAAACGACAAUUUGGAAAUUAAAGUCAUUGACUUUGGGUUUGCACACUUAAAGCCACCUGAUAACCAGCCUCUUAAGACGCCAUGCUUCACCCUUCAUUAUGCUGCCCCCGAGCUCUUGAAUCACAGCGGUUAUGAUGAGUCCUGUGACCUCUGGAGCCUGGGUGUCAUUCUGUACACAAUGCUGUCAGGCCAGGUCCCAUUCCAGUCUCAUGACAAAAGUGUGACAUGUACCAGCGCAGUAGAAAUCAUGAAGAAAAUUAAAAAGGGAGAUUUCUCCUUUGAAGGAGAAGCUUGGAAGAAUGUGUCCCAAGAGGCUAAAGAUCUGAUUCAAGGCCUUCUUACAGUCGAUCCAAAUAAAAGGCUUAAAAUGUCUGGCUUGAGAUACAAUGAAUGGCUUCAAGAUGGCAGCCAGCUGUCCUCUAAUCCUCUGAUGACUCCAGACAUUCUAGGAUCCUCAGGAGCUGCUGUGCACACCUGUGUGAAAGCCACCUUCCACGCCUUUAACAAAUACAAGAGAGAGGGGUUUUGCCUUCAGAAUGUCGAUAAGGCCCCUUUGGCUAAAAGAAGGAAAAUGAAAAAGACUAGCACCAGUACGGAGACACGCAGCAGCUCCAGCGAAAGUUCUCAUUCUUCUUCCUCCCAUUCUCAUGGUAAAACUACACCUACAAAGACGCUGCAGCCAAGCAAUCCAACUGACAGCAGUAACCCAGAGACCCUCUUCCAGUUCUCAGACUGAGUAGGAACGUAACUGAUGAUCCAUUGCACCUUACAGUUCCCUCAGCGUACGCCUGAGGCGAUGUUCUGUGCUUUUACAAAUGUGUGGCGUUGGUCUCAUUUGAAUCUGCCUCUUGGUGAAUUUUUUCAGGAAAACCUGUUUGGUUAUCCUCGUCCGAAAGCACUGGACAGAGAAUGUUACUGUGAAAAGAGCAGCCGUCACGCUAUGUAGAGAUCUGGAAUGAUGCCAACUGGACCGUUGUUGAAAGAGCAAAGGUUUCUAUAAAUUUAAUUAGGGACUAGUUAGAUUUGAGCUGCUUACAAAAUAAGUCACAGAUUUUUCAGAUGUCUGCCAACAGCAGUUGACUUUACUGUACUGGUAACUUUUGCUUCGCUUUGUGGACAUUGUGGGUUUUUCCAGAGAUUUGCACGCUUUGAACCAGUGAUCUAUCAGAAGAGAAGGUCGUACUGUUUUCAAAAAGAUUCUGUAAUGAAUUUUAUGUAUGGCAUAUACUUAUUUCUUGAGGGAAGAUUUUAACUUAUUGUUUUUCUCUUAUGGUUACAUAUGAUGAUAACCUGCUAUUAUUAAUCUUUUUCUAAAAAGUAGAAAAAUAAGAACUUAAGGCCCCAUAGUCUAUAUUUGGGUCCGUAUGAAAUGCAUGCUAAGCUGCAUAUGUUUUUAAUUUUGCACUGCUCUUUCCUGGCAGUUUGUUUUAAUGGUUAUUGCAGAAUAUUAAGGUACAUGUCUCUCUGUUUUCAGUAAUAUUGCACUUUAUAAAAGAGUAUGAAUAAAGCAAGCUAGUUUGUAAAGUGCACUGUUUAAAGCAUAUGUACUGUAUUUUAGCCAUUUUUUUCCCCAUUAUCUAGUUUAAAUGAGUCCUCACAUCCCUCUUCUGCUUGGUAUGCAACAAGUAGAACAGGGCAUGUUGUAUAACGUAAUCAUUAGCCACUUAUGCACUGAUGUGAGGAAAACUAAAGGGAAAUUAUACUGAACACUGUGCUUCAUCUUUGUACACUGUGUUGUGCUGCAGCGAGGCAUUUCCUCCUGGAGUCAUAUCUUAUGUACAUAAUAUUUUAGAAUCAUAACUAUGACUUGUUUUGAAAUUUUUCUGUUAAAUUUUAAAUCUGAAAAGCAUAUUUUAUAAACUUACGCAGAGCACUUUUAUUGCUCAAAAGGUCUGACUUCAUACAGAAAACUAGUGUUAUGUGAUAAAGACAUUUCAUUGAAAGAUUGCUGCAUUUUCAAAUAAAAUUAAUUCAUUCCCUAUGCAAAAAAAAAAAAAAAAUGUAGUAGGGUAUGUAUGUUAUAUUUUCUUUUAAAGCCAUCACAUGAAAUGUCAGGACUGAGAAAGUGAUUUUUGCUAUGUUUACAGGAAUCAUGCUUAAAAAGAUAAUGCCCAACAUGUUUGUUUUAUAGUUUUUGUUAAUGAUAACCUCUUGAGCAUUCAUUUGGAAUUUGGGCAUGAUAUUUAUUUAUUCCUUUCUUGAGGUAAUAGCAGCAUUAAUUUCAACCAGUUAAUGAAUACUAAAAAAGUUGCACUCUAUGUAAUAGUAGAAUAUUUAUUACUAAAUCAAUGUAUAUAUUAAUAGCACAGGCAACAAAAAUAGCAAAUAUUAAAAUAUUUUCAAAAUAUUGUAUUAUUCCUGUUCACAUUUUUGUCCACAGCAGUUAUUGGGAAUAACUUUUUAUACUUUCAGUGGCCCACCAGGCUACAAUAAUUCUCAUUGAGUCAAUGAAAGUUUUAUACUUCUAGCUUUCACUCAUUCUUAGUAAUGAUGAGAAAUCUUAUGUGAAUUAUUACCAAACUAUAGCUCUUUCACAGAAUGUGAUUCCAUCAGACACAGAUUUUUAAUAAUCAAGAAAAUGUCUGUGUGUAUCUGUAGUUGUGUUGAAUAUGUUGGGAAGUGUGUCAGCUCUUUAAGUGACUUUUAAAACUGGUAGAAAAUGCCAGUUGUAAAGUACAAACCAAAGGGACACUCUUGCUCUAAUAGAAAAUGAUCCAGAAAAACAGUCGAAUAGCAUACCCUAGUGAUUGAUGUCAUUGAUUCCUUAUGUAGAUUGGAAAUUGAUAAAUUUCAUUUUCAUUUCUUUUCCUUGCCUCCUCUUCAGAGGGACAUGACAGACAAUGAAGUGGGUAGAAGGGCAGGCAGAGCAAGAAGAGGAAGGAAAGAGAAGGCUAAUCCAUCAGCUGAUGAGCCUCCCUGAAGAACCUCAGCACCGCUCAGAGUGGUGUCAUCAGUCAAAUAUCCUCAUCCUCACCCUACUUAUAAACACCAGAAAGACAGAAUUUGGUGCUUACGAAGUUUGCAGUCGUUAAGUUGUUUGCAGACUGUUAGUGUACAGUGAAUUAUAUUUUAAAAUUCACUAAGCUUUCAUUUAGUCACAUCAAAAGUAAAGAAUAAAAAAUACUUCAUUUAAAAUUGUUAAAUGAAAGACAGGACUUUCUGGCAUUAGGAGUAAAAUAAAAGUAGAUGUAAGAAAAGCCAGUGCAUACCUGAAAUUCACUUUAUAACGCUGAUUUUAGGGGUAGAGCCAAAUUGCCCCUUCGCUUCUUCCCUUAUUGAUUUUAUUGUAUGUAGUUUUCAUACUAUCAUAAAUCCUGAUUCGUAUAGUAUGUUUUGUGGCUAACUGAGAGGGAAGAACAAGAAAAGGAAGAGAAUACAGGAAAAAAAUUAAGAAAGACCUGUUUCUUUCUAUUACUGUGCCAGAUCCUGUGGCUGAAUGAGUUCCUUCCCAAGUUAAAUUAGCUCAUUUGCAAUUCAUUAAUUCUUCCAAAUCUGUGUAAAAUAAGAAACCACUGAAACAGAAAAUUAGUAUCCUGAGUUAAUUUCAACAUGCUUCUGUCUUAGAGCCACAGAUGCGUCCACCCAGGACAAAACACCUUUUCUGUUUGUUUUGUUUUUUUAAGAUUGCUGCUGAUUUCCUAAAUAUAUAAAUGCCUACAUUUUAACUAUAAAUGUAUUUUAAAGGAGGCUACUAGGAUAGCAGUGACUACUUUUUUUAAUAAAGAAAUUCCUUUUGUAUCUCAUUUAUUUUUUUAAGUAUGUACUCAAAUACUUUAUAAAGGCAUACAAUUUGUCUGCUUGUUCACCUUGCUCUGUUUAGAACACCUGUUAUUGUCAUAUUUAUUAAGAAUAGGGUAUCACAAAAUGGUGAAAAUGUCUAAAUUAUUGGCCCUGUUGGAGCCUUAGACCACCUGAUUACUUUGGAGGGUCUCCCACUGACCAGUAAUACAAACACAGUUUGGGUAUUUAUGUGAUCAGACUUCUAGUCAUCUUUAAUAUCUAAGUAAAUAAUGUAAAUUCUGUUAUGUCACUUACACACUGUCAAAAUAAUUGUCUUACAGAUGAAUUAUUAUAACAUAAUGAAAUAUCUUAGAAUUAUAUAACUUUUUGGCCACUCAGAUAUCAUUUUUAGCUCCUCAGAUGUCUUACACCAUAGCACCCCAGUCUGUGACCUUUAAUUAAUUACAUUCCGCACAUGAAUGUCCCUCUUCAUUUGAUAAAGGUUCCGGCACUAAAGUGAGCAUAUUACUGGCCUCUAAAGUAAUUUGGAAUUUAAACGUGAGUUACUGUUAAGACUCAAAGAAUUGCAAAAUAAUCAUAAGAUAACAGGAAGUAUGUAUCAAAUAAAUAUUUCAAGUAAACUCUACCCCAAGAAAAUAGCUGCUACAGCAACAUAAAGGUUUUAUUUGCUGUCUUGUUAAGUAACUUCACUCCGAAUUGUGGUUUUCCUUCGGGAAAGAUACUCUCCUCAAGAGGUGAUACUUGAUUUUGUUUAUGUGGGGAGAAAGGUGUAUUUCAAGAACAUUUGACUAGUCUCAUUGCAGUCUUCAUCUUCAGCUUUUCUUAUAUUUGAGCUUUUGAGAUAUUCGUUUGAACCCUUUUCUUUCUGUGCCCAACUCCUGAUUAUAUUUUUAAAUUAAGUAGUUGAUUACUAUUCCAAAUGCUUCCCUUGCCCAAGGCUAUUACCGAUUUCCUGAAUUUGUGAAUUAGGCAGGCACCAGUAAUUUAUAUUUUUCUACUACUAGACUAAGAAGGGGAGCCCUGGUGGCACAGUGGUUAAGAGCUACAGCUGCUAACCAAAAAGUCUAUACAGUUCGAAUCCACCAGCCACUCCUUGGAAAACCCUAUGGGGCAGUUCCACGGCAAUGGGUAGACUAAAGAGGAGUAAGAAACUAAAGUGGCGCCCAAAUAGAUCUGCCUUGGCUUUUUCAUAUUAGUGCAAAAUAGGUACUGUUUAUUGCUAGCCAUUUCUUUAUUAUUAUAACUCCUGAUCACAUGGUAAAAAGCCUGAUAUUGUGUACUUUGAAGCAGACUUGGGUCAAAAGGUAGGACUCUUAGUAGCUGUUCAUCAGUCUUAACUUUCCUGGUGUAUUUCUACCGGGGUGGGUGGAAGGACAUUUUUUAACAUUUUGUUUAGUUAAAAUGCUGUUAGUGUUAUCAGAAGGAAUUGAAUGCUUCGGCUAGGUCAAGUUAGUAUUUAAUACAGCAGUUGCUCUCCAGAGCGCUGGAAACUGGGAUAAUACUUAGCAUUAUGUUGUUUUCGCGAUCUUUUCCGUUGCAUAACACUUUUAAUUUGUUACGUUUUAUGAAAAUUUGCCUAAUUUGUUUCUUCACUAAAACAUCUAGUUUCAUUCUUGCUGCUCCCUAUUUGAGCAGUUUUUAUCUUCUCAUGUAUGUUUUGAAGUCUUCCCAUAUUAAAAAGAAAACAGAAAUAAAGAAAUGACAUAACUUAGAAAAAUAAAUUUAAGUGUUGUGAGUAGAAUACUACAGCUUUAUUUUCUGGCAUGUCUGCUUAUAGAUAGAUUGGAAAAUCAUUAUUUCGCUUAUUCGUUUUGUUUUAAAAACCCGUAAGGGUGCACUGUGGAACAUUUGACAUUUUUAAAUGCAGUUUUAUUUUUAAAUUUGUAAGAGGCUGGUCAUGUAAAAUGUGUUUUGUUGGGAUGGAUUUUGUGACAUGCAUCCUCGGUAAAGACAUGCUGCUGUGUAGACAUUGUAUUAUUCGUGACGGUUUAUUUUAGGUACGAUUGUGCUCUCCAUUUGUUCCAAUUAUAAAUACUGACAAAAAGAAA